AUGGCAGCCAGCGGCGAUUCCACAGACCUCAAAUUCUUAGUGACACCUCGAAUUCAAAAGGCAUGCCGGCAAUGCGUCCCAAGCCUACCUAAAUCGAGCAAGUUGCGAAAAGAGCUUGAGGGGCUUUCCAGAGCCAAGCUUGAGGUGGAGGCGGCUACAAUUACGCUAUCCAACAUCAAGGCUCUCUCCCAGCAACUGACACAACUCGACCACAAACCCAACGAUGGCAGCGACAUAUGGAUCCACCAGCUGCUCCGCGGCAGUCGCAUACACAUUGAGGUACCCAAGCCAAAACCCCGCAACCCAGAGCUGGUCGCCCGGCUGAACAAGAUCAAACAGCAACUCGAGGAGCAAGAGUACAUGAAGAUGACCGCAAACAUCACACCGCACGCACAAACAACUGCAGCAGGCCAGUCGGAGGCAAUCAAGAUGAAUGAGUCGCUCUUUCCAGCGAUUCCCGGCGUGCGGGUUGGGCAGUCCGCCGGGAAUGUGAGCGUGAAGCAGGAGAUGGCUGAGGUCAACCAGCAGAUCUCAGUUAUUAUAAAUAUUCUGUUCAGCGCUUUGGGCGUUGGUUUUGCAGUUUCCUACGCCUCUUAUGCGUUGACCUCGGAUAUUGGCUGGCGCAUUUUGUUAGGGCUUGGCGCUGCUGUGGUCACUAUUCUGGCCGAGACGUGGUUGUUUGUGUUCGCCAGCACGCGCGGCCAGAAAAAGAGGUUGCCUGGAAGCUUGCAAACCAGCGGUCCGCCCGCUGACGGUCGCAAGAUCAAGCAGCAGUAA